AUGAUAACGCCUUUACAGAUUCUUAACCAUCAACCAUCAACAUCGGGACUACAACCAACCACACCUAUAGUGCCCUGUGUAAAUAAUCUGAACUCUGAACCAUCGACCUCUGCUCUGCAGCCAUUAUCGGACCAAGUUGGCCGUGGAGUACCUCAACGCUUCUCUGUGUUGUCCGAGGGGGAGCGGGACAUAAAGAAAUUCAACUUGACAGCCCAGCAACUGGUGAUCAAGUUUAAUAACGCAGAACCCCAUGAAGCACCUCUAGAAUGGCUUAAGAAAUCACUGACUGCUCUUAUUAAUUACGUGACUAAGAGGCGUAGUGUGAGUGAUCGCAUUGGGUUAAUGCUGACCAAUAGUGAGUUUCCCGACAAUCCGCUGGGUUUCUCGUUCAGGCGUGUGGAUCAGCUGAAUGCCAACGUCAUGCUGAAGACCAUGGAAAAAGUGAUGCAGAUAACAAAGCGUUCUUCUCCAGCGAUGCACUACGGGUUGAUGUGAGUCUGAUUACCCUACCCAGUGGAAAAGGACGUCAAAGAAUGACCGGGGUCA